ACCAAUAUUUCCCUACUAACAUAAACACAAUAUUCUUCCACCGAGAAUAAUUGUUUCCUCGGUUUUCUCAACUUAAACCUGCGUUAAAAACGGCCUGCAACCUCAGUGAAGAUUCAGAAUUCAUCUCAACUAGAAUCUGCACUAAAAAUUACUGGAACCUUCAUCAAUCGUUUAUCUCAACUUAAACCCGCGUUAAAAGUUGCCUGGACCCUUCGUCAAGUUCCAGCAUCCAUCUCAACUUAAACCUACGUUAAAAAACGGUGGAACCUCUGCCUAGUUUCAGAGUUAAUCUCAACUAGAACCUGCGUUGAAAAUUACCCGGAACCUUCGUCAAGUUUCUGAGUUAAUCUCACUUGAAACUACGUUAAAAAACGCUGGAACCUUCGUCGAGUUUCAGAAUUAAUCUCAACUCGAACCUGCGUUUUUAAUUGGCUGGAACCUUCGUCAAGUUCCAGCAUUCAUCUCAACUUAAACCUACGUUAAAAAACGGUGGAACCUUCGUUGAGUUCCAACUGUACUAGUGCGUCCUCAUCAACUUGGUGAUUUUUUUUGCCGUCCGAUAUUGAGUGCUUAGUUGAAAUUUCGGAAGAAUUGUGCUGUGUUGAUUAUUUUCCGUGAAAGCUUUCACGGAGAUUUGAGUGACUUAUAGAUUGUACGGAAAGUUGUGUUCCUACAUGUGAAUGGUUGAAAUGUUUGCAUGUUAACUUAGGUGAUAGUUGAGGGUUAUCAGGAUUGGGAUAAAAUUAUUUCUGUUAGGUUUUUCAUAGUCUGUGUGGAACCCAAUAUCUUGAUAUCUACGUAGUAUAUAAAGAAACUAUAUACUAGAACAGCUUGGUCCCACCCUUGAGAAAUCAGGAAAAGCUUAAAUUGACAGAAAUUAUAAUCUUACAAUUAGAAUUAAACAUACUACCAUUGAAAACUCCAAAAAUAUAUGUGGUUCUCAAAUAAAGAAAUAAUGAGAUCUAGUGACAAGCAAAAGGAACUUUGAUGUUAUCUAGUUUCAGUCUAUGAAAAGUUUUCAUAGUUUCGUUCUGAAAGAUACAUCCAUAUUCGGGAUAAAUCUCUGUGUAUUGCGUGAGAAAUUUCAAUAAUUUCACUCUCAAAAAUCCAUCCAUAUUCGUCUCAAAAAUCUGUGUUUCUUGUGGAAAAUAAUUCGGUAUCCAACAAUACUUUUAUUGGCUACUAGUAUGUGAUCAUUAAUAUUGAAGUUCAAUAUUGUUCUUCGUAGAAAUCUUUGUGAGAAUUUCGUGAGUUUUUUCGGGAGUGAUAUGUAAACUAAACAAGCUUCAAACAUGUUGACGUUGUAUAUGGUGUUUGGGACAGCGUUCUGCUACUACUAUUAUCUACUGCUGGCUGCCCUACCGUCUAGUGUUCUAGUGGAGGCUGCUAUCAAAUCUGCCAAAAACGCUGCUAAUCCUGAACCAG